AAUCUGAAAACCGAGGGGACUGAUCGAUCCGAUGAUCUAAAAAAGGGCGUGGCUUAUAUACGGAACAUGGUUCAAUUGGCUCUGGACAAGCGAUUGAGUAUGUGGGAGAAGUACUGUUUGCGGCACUGUUUUACUGUGCCAGAAGGAUUCUCUUUGCCUAAAGCAGAUGAACCAUCUGGUGAUACUUCCGUGGAUCUUGACAGUCUUGGUGAUGCAGAGUUAGAUGCACAGUUGGAUUCUUUGAGAAAUAAACUUACUCAGGCAGGUAAAGAGUCUGCUGACCUCAACAGAGAACUUCGAGCACUGGAAAGGCAGUCUCGCAUGAGCAAUCACUCUGUGGCAACUCUUAAUGAAGCAUUGCAGUUUUAUAAUGAACAGAAUGUGCAAGAGAAGUUUGAAGAGCUGGUAAAAAUUGCAUCAGAGUUUCGGUCAAGUUUGGAGAAUCACAAAAAUAGAACGUUUACAGAGGUUGAGCAUUUGAGAGCAGAGAAGAUUCGCAAACUGGAUGGGGAUACGCUUAGGCUGAAUUAUCAUGGUGGCCAUGACCAUUCUGGUCUGCUCAAUGCAAAACUUGAUGACCUUCACCAAUUUCUGGACAGCAUAAUGACCAAAUGAUCUUUAGCAAGUCUUUAUUGGGACCAACUGUACAGGAUUACAGUGAUGCUAUUAUAACAUGUAAGCAAUGUUUAUCUGUUCUUCUAUGUGUGACCUUUAGAAUGAUUACAGUCAUGGAGUGAUUUGUUUUGGUUUCCCUGCAAUGAUACACUGUUCUAGGGGUUAUCUCUGG